AUGCUUUCGCGAUACGGAGUCCUGACGUGGCUCGCCUUCUCGACGUUGGCGGCCGCCGGGAAGCAGGAGUGCGAGGCCAUAACCGAGACCGUCCACGUCCCUACCACGAUCCGCGAGACCGUUCAUGUCACCAUGCCGGGGGAAAAAGAAACAGUUCAUGUGACGGUUCCAACCACGAUCCACAAGACUAUACCUGUUACAGUCAGCGAAGUCAAGACCAUCCACCAAACCGUCACGACAACCGUCAAAGAGACGGUCCACGUCACCCAACCGCCUCAGACCGUCAAGGAGACAGUUCAUGUUACCCAGCCGCCCAAGACCGUCAAGGAGACAGUGCACGUUACUGAACCGCCCAAGACCGUCAAGGAGACGGUCCACAUCACCGAACCGCCGAAGACUGUUAAGGAGACUGUCCACGUUACGUUGCCUCCUGUAAAGGAGACAGUGCACGUCACUGAACCGCCCAAGACCGUCAAGGAGACGGUCCACGUUACGUUGCCUCCUGUAAAGGAGACGGUCCACAUCACCGAACCGCCGAAGACUGUUAAGGAGACAGUGCACAUCACCGAACCGCCGAAGACUGUUAAGGAGACAGUGCACAUCACUGAACCGCCCAAGACCGUCAAGGAGACAGUGCACAUCACUGAACCGCCGAAGACUGUUAAGGAGACAGUCCACGUCACUCAACCGCCGCAAACUGUCAAGGAGACAGUCCACGUGACGUUGCCUCCUCAGACAGUCCAUGUUACUCAACCGCCGCAGACCGUCAAGGAAACCGUCCAUGUUACCUUGCCUCCUGUAAAGGAAACAGUCCACGUCACUCAGCCACCACAGACUGUUAAGGAGACGGUCCAUGUGACGCUUCCUCCUCAGACGGUGAAGGAGACGGUCCACGUCACUCAGCCACCUCAGGUUGUCACGCAACCACCCCAGAUUGUCAAGGAAACAGUCCACGUGACGCUACCUCCCCAGACUGUGAAGGAGACUAUCCACGUUACUCAGCCUCCCCAGGUGGUUAAGGAGACUAUUAACGUUACGUUGCCUCCUCAGACUGUGAAGGAGACAGUUCAUGUCACUCAGCCGCCUCAGGUUGUCACACAGCCACCUCAGAUUGUCAAGGAGACAGUCCAUGUUACACUGCCUCCCCAGAUUGUUAAGGAGACUGUCAAGGAGACAAUUCAUGUCACUCAGCCUCCCCAAGUUCUUACGCAAGCACCUCAGAUUGUCAAGGAGACAGUUCAUGUCACACUGCCUCCUCAGACUGUUAAGGAGACCGUUCACAUUACUGAGCCAGCCCAAGUUGUCACUCAAGCGCCUCAGAUCGUCAAGGAGACAGUCCACGUCACGUUGCCUCCUCAGGUUGUCAAGGAGACUGUUAGGGAGACAGUUCAUGUUACUGAGCCAGCCCAAGCUAUCACUCAAGCGCCUCAGAUUGUCAAGGAGACAGUUCACGUUACAUUGCCUCCCCAGAUUGUCACAGAGACUGUCAAGGAGACUGUCCAUGUCACUCAGCCAGCCCAAGCUAUCACUCAAGCGCCUCAGAUCGUCAAGGAGACAGUCCACGUCACGUUACCUCCUCAGGUUGUCACAGAGACUGUCAAGGAGACUGUCAAGGAGACUGUUCAUGUCACUCAGCCGGCUCAAGCUAUCACUCAAGCGCCUCAGAUUGUUAAGGAGACAGUUCACGUUACAUUGCCUCCCCAGAUUGUCAAGGAGACUGUUCACGUCACUCUGCCUCCCCACAUUGUUAAGGAGACCGUCCAUCUCACUCAAACAUUGAGCCAAUGCACUACAACUGUGGCAGCUCCCGUCAUGGGCCACCAGACCUCUGCUCCACCCGCUGCCCACUCGAUGCCGGCCCCUCCUCCUGCUCACCAGGUUGCUCCGCCUGAGAAGCACACAAUGGCGCCGGCCAAUCCCCACAUGCCCGCCCCCCCGGCUCAUACCCCCCCACCCCCAGCACCGGCGGCUCCCGUACAUAUGAUGCCUCCUGCGGAGGCGGGCACCUCCUGCUCACCAGGCGCCGCCCGCAGAGGCCAUGCCAGUACACACACCACCCGCCGAGGCCAUGCCGGUGCACACACCACCCGCGGAGGCUAUGCCGGUUCACACCCCCCCAGCGGUGGCGAUGCCCGCCCACGAGCCCGCCCAGACGUCGGCCGCACCAGCAAUGCCGACACAUCCCAUGAAGAUGAGGUUCAUGCGGCGCGCGUAACGCUGAGAUGGGAAGGAGGUGAUCUAAGAUGGAAGAGGAUGGAUAUAAGCCCUAGAUGA